UGCAGGCACCUGUGAAGACCACGCGUACUCGAGAACACGGCGCGGUGAACGCAAGAAUAAGUAUUUAGAAGCAUCUGCGGCGACGGCGGCAGCUGGCAACAUGCUCUGGGUUUAUAUAACGAGCGGCGCCGCGCGGGAGGCAGACUGCUCCAUUCCCUGCCUGGACGCGGCUGACGAGGCUCUCAACUCCCUGACGCCCCUGCUACAGCACCCUUACAUAAGCCACUAAGAUGUCUCCCCGCCUGAGCACUGUGCUGAUCUUGGCUGUGGUGGUGCUGGCCGCUCUUGGGACCACGUCAGCUAAGCCCCUCGGUGAGCAGGACCCUUCUGCAGGAGGUCCCCCCGCCUUCACUGCCCGCGAGGCCCAGGUAUAUGAGCCUUACGGGAACAAUCUUGAGGAGGAUGGGUCGCUGGACGCUGCCCUUAUCAACUACCUCUUCGCUAAGCAGUUGGUGCAGAGACUCCGAAGCCCAAGCGAGGUGAGCCGCGAGAGCCAGCGCAAGAGGUCCUAUUGGAAGCAGUGCGCAUUCAACGCCGUCAGCUGCUUCGGCAAGAGGAAGUAAACAGGGACGAGGGACUGUAACAUCUACCACCACCACCACUACUACUACUAUUACUUCUGCGUCUGUUGCUGCUUCUCCUUCCGCCGCAGCAAUGUAUUCUCAAGCGUGGCACUCUCUUCUCAUGGCUUGUUUCAGCAGGCUUCACUGAUGGUCCUUUUAUUUAUGUGUGUGGUGUUUCUAGGGUGUUUUUUGUGAUCCAACUUCAUGUUUGGUAAGGUUUCCGCUUCGUUAGUGGAUGAAACGCCCUACUUGUACUGCUACUAAGUAUUCUCAAAUGUUUCAAGGUGUUUUUGUGAUCCCACUGGGUGUUCGGUAAGGUUUCCGCCUCGUUAGUGGAUGAAACACUGAAGAAUCUACUGCUACUUCUCCUGCUACUUAUCAAACGUUUCACCGUCUUGUGUUCACUUUUUACAGGCUCUGGUGAAUGUUUUUGGGUGUUUCAAGGUGUUUUUUUUGUGAUUCGAGGGUGAGUUUGGGUAAGAGUUGUGUCAUCAGUGGUGAAACACCCAUGAGAGCUUAUCUAACCAACAACUACGAUUAUCAUUGCUUGUCAAAUGGUACGCUGUCCUUUCUCCAGUUUCAACAGGCUUUAGUGGAUGUUAUUGCGGCUUUUCAAGGGUGUUUUUAUGUUUCCAGUGGGAGUCUAAUUAGGAGUGUACAUCAUUAGCGAAUAAAACACUCACGAGAACCCGACUAAUCACCCCUGUGGCCUCUGGAAACUGUCCUGGUGAGAGAACAAAGCAUUAUAAAAUAAGAAUGUUUGGUCCAUUUUCUGAAGCACUUCUGGCCGCACCUGGAUUUUAAGGAUUGUUUUUUUUUAUGGUUCUAUUGACAGAUUAAUAAGAUUUCUAUAUUAUUAACUGUAGAAACCGUCGUGAGAACCCAGCUGAUCAUCUCUGUAGCCUUUGAAAACAGUCGUGGUGGGAGAGCAAAACGUUUAUGAAUACUUGCCUUUUCUGUCACCAUUUCCCGCCAUCCCAGCAUUCUUCCUGGUACUCAUUUCCUAUCUUCUCAUCCCCCCUCCUCUCUCUCUCUCUUUCUCUCUCUCUCUCUCUUCUCACCCACCGUCAAAGUAUUAUGUAUUAUUAUUACUAUUAACUGUACUUUUACCAAACGCCAUUGCCACCGGUACUAAGAAGGUACAAUGCGGUUGCUCACUAACCCGCCAACCAUCUGAUGCUUUGGGGGUUACUGCUGAGACAAAUACAACAAUUCCAAUGCUAUUAUGUGAUUUAGAGGUGUAAUCUGUUAGACUAUUACACCUACUUACACUACCAGCUCUACUACUACUACUACUACUACUACUACUACUACUACUACUACUACUACUACUACUACUACUACUACUACUACUGCUACUACUACUACUACUGCUACUACUGCUGCUGCUUUUACAGCGUCACACAGGUAAACCAAGGCGCACAGGUAGUUACAGGUAAUGAGAAGAAAUUAGGACUGGUGAUAUAGACAGGUGGACAGGUAAUACAUGAUUAAUUACCUGAGUUUGAUUGAAUUUCUGAGUAACUCGAAUGAAAAAUAAGGAAAAGGUUAAUAAAUAUAUUGUAAAUUAGAUUUGCUUUUCCGUCUCUCUCUCUCUCUCUCUCUCUCUCCCUCUCUCUCUCUCUCUCUCUCUCUGGUAAUAGCAGGUGUCAGGAGCAGAACAGUCAAUGAUUGGAUCUUGCUCUUAGAACCUCAUUGCUUAUUUUCUCUCUCUCUCUCUCUCUCUCUCUCUCUCUCUCUCUCUCUCUCUCUCUCUCUCUCUCUCUCUCUCUCUCUCUCUCUCUCUCUCUCUCUCUCUCUCUCUCUCUCUCUCUCUCGCUCUCGCUCUCGCUCUCGGUCUUAUUUUGUCCCGCGUGAGAAGGAAAGAAAUGACUCAAUAAAUAUAUGAAUAAAUAAAUAGAUAAGUCUGCCACUGAAAUUGUAUAGAUAUAAAAGAAAACGCACAUCUCGUCUUCUCUAUAGGAAGAUGCAGUUAUUAUUAUUAUUGAAGCUAUUUUUUAAGUACAUCUCUAUUUAGAUUUACAUUUUAGAUGGGUUUAUCGUUCUGCUAUAGAGAAAUUAUACUUUUUUUCCAUCUUUUCUGUUUUAUGGAUAUUUUUUUGGCGUUCCUUAUAUUAAUGAACCGAGGUACUGUUUAGUUAUUGAUUUGUCUUAUUUAGUUAUUUAUUUGUUAUUUAUUUUUAUUUAUUCAGCAUCUCUAUUUUCGUUGUCUGGCAAAGAAAGUUAAGGUCAGUUUGUUAAGUUUUCCAGCACAGAAUAGCAAGGGUUUCGAAUAUUUAGUUUUUCUUUUCUUUCAUCUCGUGUUUGGCAAGGAAAGUUGACAUGUAAACUUUUUUUUUUUUUUUUGGUGGGGAUAUUUUUACGUAUUUUCAUCACUCCAUUAUCGUGUUAGGAAAGGGAAGUUUAGGAUCUAUAUGUAAACUUUUUUGGAGCAGUUUUCAUGUACUUUUAUCUUUCUCCACCUCGAGUUUGGCAGUAAGUUAAAGAAAGUAUUUGUAUGUAAUUUUUUUUUUUUUUUUUUAUCAUUCCAGGAUAUGAACUUUUUUUUUUAUGUGUGUGUGUGUGUAUUUUGAUCUUUCUCUUUCGUGUUUGGCAAGGAACGUUCAAGAUUGGUAUGUAAGCUUUUUUUUUUUUAGUAUAUUCACGUACUUUUCAUCAUCUCCCCGUCUCGUGUUUGCCAAAGGAGGUUAAUACCAGCAUAUAAAUUUUCUUUACACGUCGUCCCUGUGACAUUUUCACGAGGGAAAACGCAAUUUUUCUGUUCGCUUUUCUGAUUUCCAUGUUUCCUUCCACGUGUUGUGUCAAAAAUCUGUGUAUAUCUAGUAUGUCGGUCUCGCGUCUUUGUAAUUGUACAGGUGUAGCCAAUGCAUCACAGGUGAGGACCAUUAAUUAAACACGUGCUGGGGAGGAUCAGGAAUGUUCUUCUUUUUUUUUUUUUUUUGGGGUAGGUUUUAUUUUCAUUUUGAUUUUUUUUUUCGUUUUUAUUUCUUUUAUUUUAAUUUUGUUCGUUAUUUUUUUCUUUUCUUUUACUUUUUUUAGUUUUUCUCUUUUCUUUUCUUUUUUUACUUUGUUUUAUUUUCAUUCUUGCUGUUUCUUUAUAGUUUAUUUACAAGGAUACAAUAUCGAUAUGCUUUUGUUUCAAUUCUUUACUUAUAUUUUCUUUAUUUUAUUUUAUUUUUGUUUCCUUAUAUAUUUAGUUUUCUUUUUUGUUCUUUUUUUUCUUUCAAACGAGUUAUUCUUUUCUCUCCGUUUUUUCUCCCCUUUUCUAUUUCAUACUCCGACUAUAUCUAAACUCUCUUUCCUACCAGUCACCCUCUUUUAUUCUUUCUUUACUCGUUUUACCUUUUUUUUCCUAGUUUCUUAGUUUUCUUUCAUUUUUCUUUUAUUAAACUUUUUUACUAGUGUUUUCUUUUAUUACUUUCGUACCUCGCAAAAAAAAAAAAGAGAAUAUUGUACCUCUGAAACAUAGUAGGUAAGCGUGACCUGGUGAAAAUAUCGUACCGCACCUCUCAGAAAUAUAAUUGUACCUGUAAAACUUAUUAGGUGAAGUAACGCUUACGAUAUGUUCUCGUAACCCUCUUAAAACCAUCAUACUACCUGUGAAACUUGUUAGGCGAAGAUGACACGCUGGAAAACAUGUUAUCGUAUCCCUCGAACAAAAAAAAAAAAAAAAAAAUUAUCGUACUUGUAAAACUUGUUAGGUAAAAAUGUCAUCAUAGCUGUCAAAAAAAUAUCGUACCCCUCAAAAAAACUAUCGUAUACCUGAGAACACAUUAAGAAUAAAUUUAUAAGAGAGAGAGAGAGAGAGAAAGAGAGAGAGAGCAAUGAUAGAUUAUAGCAGCAGUAGUUGUAGCAGAUCCCUCAUCCUCAUGGCGCCACAAGGGAACACAAAGGAGGAACAAGCAGCAAGCACACACCGCCCUUAAGAGGCUGUUUGGUGUAAGGUAGUAAAGGCGAAGGCUCCUCCCUACCCACCACCUCUGGUCUCCUCGCUUCACUUGUAAUGAGUUGGUAAUAAAAGUAUUGGCCGCGAGUG